UGUAGGCUGGGAUGUGAGUUCCCCAGCUCCGGCCUCGGCGACCAUGGUGGGCACUUACUGCUGCGUCCCGGGCUGCUUUAACAACACACUCAAGAACAAGGAGCUCUCCUUCCACGUCUUCCCCAAAGACGAGACAUUGCGAGGUGUCUGGAUCCGCAACCUGUCGCGCCUGGACGAGAGGAAAUUCAGUGUGUGGCAGCCCAAAGCCCAUCACAAAGUCUGCGACGCGCACUUCGCAGGAGGCAAGAAGACCUACAUGAACAAUGUGCCCAUAGUCUUCCCGGUGAAGGCCGAGAGAUCCCGCAGGAAGGAGCAGGCCAGCCAGCCCCCGCCAUCAGGUCGGCCUAUAAAUGGUGGGAACCACUUUCAUUACUCCCAGAACGUCUUGGCAUUUCACAAGAAGGCAAAGCAAAAGUAUGGCCAGACACAACACAAGGAUCUUCCAAAAAGAAUCAAAGUACCUUUUGCUGUUCCUACGGUCCAGAAGGAAGGAUCAGUUGUAGCGUCUUUAUCAUUGAAUCAUCAGGAGGGUGAAGAUGAAAAAGCACGUUUUGAAGCUGCACAGACUCUAUUGGAUAUCUUCAAAGUUAAUUCUGGCUGUGAAGAUGUUCAAAUGACCUCCGUGUGUGAGGCAUUGCAGCAAAUCAAUGAAAAGCUGAAUACCGAGAUUGCUGAUUUAAAAGAUGAACAUCGUUAUCUACAGGAAGAAUAUAAUCAGAUUAGCGGCGAGUUGAAGAGAUUUAAAGAAAGCGAACCCAAAUGUUGCACUCAGAUUCCACUUUGUUCUACAUCUCCAUGGCUCCAGAUUAAAGCGUCUGGUGAAUGUAGUGAAGAGCAGCCCAUUGUUUACUCAGACUGCUACACUGACUGGAGUAUAAAGACGAGGAUCCUCAUUACCUCACCUACUCCUAUAUCCUGGGCAAAAGUAUGCAACCAAUUGUUACCAAAUGUGGGAUCCAUUAAUGAAACUGCAAUAAAACCUGAUAAAGUUCACAUUAAACAGGAACCUGACGAUAGUCCAAAUAUAACAUGCAUCUUCCAGCAGAGCAUGGGAUACUGGAUGUACCCAAGGCUGCCCUGGCUGCAUCUUUUUCCAAGAAUAGGAGUUAACAGUGUAUCAGUUGAUGAUGCUUUACAGUGGAAUCCAGAUUACAAGAUACAGAAUAUUCUCAUGAAAGACUGGUUGUCGACCUCAAGCUCACUGUUUGAACUUCUUCAGACUGGACAUUGUCCUUUCUUUUACAUCUGUACAUACCAAUUCACAGUGCUCUUCAGGGCAGCUUGGGAAUCUAGGAAAGAACCAAUUACUGCCUUGUUGUACCCAGCAAGUGUGGAAGUUUUGGAAGAAAUGAGAUUGUCAGAAGUUGCCUUUUCGACUUACUUGGUGGACCACUCCCAGGAGAGUGGUCACAUGAGCCUCUCCUCUCAAGAUGGACAUGGAUUAGUCCAUCUUAAACCAGCUUUCAUAAAUAAGGAAGGAAGUGAUAAUCAAACUGGGACUGAUACGCAUUCUCUGUGGGCUGAGAAGACCUCUGUGACAGAAUGUCAGGAAGAUUUCCAUCCAUCAAACUCCUCUGAAUGUUAUCUACAUAAUGAACAUCAGGAUAAGCAGUUUAAGUUUCUGGUUGUAGUUGAAGGGUCCUCUGCGGCUUCCUUGAUCACCUUUCUGAUGAACUCGCCACAUACAGUUGCACAAGAGGGUGUACAGAGAGGACUGCCACCAACAUUGCUUUGCCCUGUGGCUUUCCCUGGAGCAUCUUUACAAUUGCUACAGGUUGCCAAUACAUGUGGAAAAGUCCAGGGCUGUCUUGGUUCUGUUGACUCUUACAGCUUGGAGAUCACAGGCCCCAUUCUUCCUCACUCCAUGGACUGUAUUAAUCGUAUUCUCCAGUGUAAUGAAUAUAGUGGAACAGUGACUGUUGUUAAUGUUCAUGAGUGUACCUCUGUCUUCAAUGUUCAGUUACCUAGUUAGUUUGGCUUUUGACUAAUAUUAUGGACAGAGAUAUAAUUAACUAUGGCAUAAAGGAGACACACUGGAUGAACUGGCUGCAUCUAACAGAAUUUUAGUACAUUUUGUCAGUAUAUCCCAAGUUAUUCUUGCAAGGCUAAGAAAAUCACUGGAAAUGGACAAUAAACAAUAUAGUCAAAGAGCAGUAUUGAUCUGAUAGAUUUAUAUUGUUUUAUUGUCUUAUGAGCAUUUCCUUUACAGCAAAAAUUAUCCCAUUGCUUUAAUUACCAAGUACAUAUCCCAUUCACUAUAAUCUAAAUAUUUUAUAAAGAUUAAGCAGACCAUCAGUUACCUUUCUCUAGAUGUGGUAUAAUGCAGAUCAAAAUUGUGAAUAUACAGUAUAUGCUUUUUAUAAUCUGGUUUGACUGUAGCAUUUCAAUAUACUAAGUUAUAUUUAUAUUAUGUAUUAAUCUUUGACUAAUAGGAAUGUUUGGAUAUAGGAGAUAAUCUCAUUACUUUGCAUUAAAUAUUUUGGGUAUAAGAGUUAUUUAUUUAAUGCACCUAAUUAAAUGAUAUCAAGCUAUAAAUAAUCAUCAGUCUUGUGAACGCCAUUCCUGGUUACAAACACCUGACUUAUAGACACCACUUGCACAAGAACAAAUUUUAAACAUUAUAUUGUAAAGUCUGAUGUAUGUACAUAUGUAUGUUCAUUCCUACAAAUAGCAGAAUUAGUUUCCUCUCUCUGCUUAGUAAUUGUUCUUGUGCUUUUGAUGCCUUUCAUUACAAUACUUGAGGUAUAGUUGCAAUAAAGUAAUUUUUGUGUAUUUUGACUUAAAACAAAAAUGACUUAUGGAUGUCUGUAAAAUCAGAGACAGCCUGCAAUCAUAUUCUAAAUGUAAUAAUAGUCCACAUCGAUUAACUAUUUAAUCCUUGAUAAAUAGUUAAAUAACCUGCAACCUGUAUCUUGCUGCCAAUGAAAUGUAUGAAGUGUGUUGUUUACUAACCAGUUGCUUCAGGCUGCCAGAAUUUGUAGUUCGACAUUAUCACAAAACCUUUACAAGUGAUUUUAAACGUAUACACAUCAUCUUGUCAAAAAAUUUAGAGACAAAAAUGAAGAAUUAGAAGUUUUAACCAGCAUAGAGUACUUGAAGAUUUUAAAGUAAGCUAGAUUUGGUGUUAUGUUUGCAUAAUAGGAAUGAUCUCAAAACACUCCAUGUACUUUAUAGUACAGAGUGAUGGUAUUAUUUGAAAGCACAGUAAGUUAUGAGAACGGCAAGCCAAUGUUUCUGUUAAUCUUAACUAUUCUAAUGAAAGGGCAAGCUCAAAUAUCUCAUUUUCUAACUUGUACGUUAUAAUCCAUAAGAUAUAGGAGCAGAAUUAUGCCAUUUGGCCCAUCAAGUCUGCUCUGCCAUUUCACUAUUUUCCUCUCAGCCCCAAUCUGCACAGCUGCCUGUGGCAAAGAAUUCCAUAGAUUCACCACUCUGUGGCUAAAGAAAUUCCUCAUCUCUGUUCUAAAAGGACUCCCCUCUAUCCUGCGGCUGUGUCCUCUGGUCUUAGACUCUUCCCACUAUAGGAAACAUCCUCUCCAUAUCUAUUCUAUCAAGGCCUUUCACUAUUCAAUAGGUUUUAAUGAUGUCUCAUUCUUCUGAACUUGAGUGAAUACAAGCCCAGACCCUUUGAACACUCUUCAUAUGACAAGCCAUUCAAUCCUGGAAUCAUCUUCAUGAACCUCCUUUGAACCCUCUCCAAUUUCAGCACAUCCUUUCUAAGAUGGUGGGGUAAAACUGCUCACAAUACUCCAAGUGAGGCCUCACCAGUGCUUUAUAGUCCUAAAAUGAUAUCCUUGCUUUUAUAUUCUAGUCGUCUUGCAAUGAAUGCUACGAUUGCAUUUGCCUUCCUCACCACAGACUCAGCUUGCAACUUAACCUUCAGGGAAUCCUGCACAAGGACUCCCAAGUCCCUUUGCACCUCGGUUUUUUUGUAUUUUCUCCCCAUUUAGAAAAUAGUCAACCAAAAUAUCAAACCAAACCAUUUCUUCUACCAAAGUGCAUGACCAUGAAUUUCCCAAGACUGUAUUUCAUCUGCUAUUUCUUUGCUCAUUCUCCAAGUCUUUCUGUAGCCUCUCUACUUCUUCAAAACUACCUGCUCCUCUAUCUUUCUUCAUAUCAGUGGUAAACUUUGCAACAAAGUCAUCAACUCCAUCAACCAAAUCAUUGACAUAUAAAAUAAAAAAAGAAUUGGUCCCAACACAGACCACUGUGGAACACCAGUAGUCACCGUCAGCCAACCAGAAAAGGCUCCCUUUAUUUCCAGUCUUUGCCUCCUGCUAAUCAGCCAUUGCUUAUCUAUGCUAGAAUCUUUCUUAUAGUACCAUGGGCUUGCCGCUUAUUAAGCAGCCUCAUGUGUGGCAACUUGUCAAAGGCCUUCUGAAAAUCCAAGCACACAUCAACCAAUUCUCCUUUGUCUAUUCUGCUUUUUAUUUCUUCAAAGAAUGCCAACUGAUUUGUCAGGCAAGAUUUUCCCUUGAGGAAACCAUGUUGUCUAUGGCCUAUUUUAUUACGUGCCUCCAAGUACCCUGAGACCUCACCCUUAAUAGUCGACUCCAACAUCGUUCCAACUGCUGAGGUCAGACUAACUGGCCUAUAGUUUCCUUUCUUCUGCAUCUCUCCCUUCUUGAAAAGAGAGACAAUAGACAAUGGGUGCAGGAGUAGGCCAUUCAGCCCUUCAAGCCAGCACCACCAUUCACUGUGAUCAUGGCUGUUCAUCCACAGUCAGUACCCUUUUCCUGCCUUCUCCCCAUAUCCCUUCACUCCACUAUCUUAAGAGCUCUAUCUAACUCUUUCUUGAAAGAAUCCAGAGAAUUAGCCUCCACUGCCUUCUGAGGCAGAGCAUUCCACAGAACCACAACCCUCUGUGUGAAAAAGUUUUUCCUCAACUCCGUUCUAAAUUGUCUACCUCUUAUUCUUAAACUGUGUCCUCUGGUUCUGGACUCUCCCAACAUUGGGAACAUGUUUCCUGC